AUGAGUUUUGAAAGCGAUACGGAACAGUCAGACGUAGAAUCGAUCGGGUCGCGCACUCACAUCUGCGAGACAGAGCUAGGAUCAGACGAAGAUGAAGAAGAUAUGUACUAUUCAGAUCCAGAAGGACCGUAUAUAGAUGAACCUAUUGCAGACGAGGAAUGGCUAACAGAAUACAACCGAGAACUAGAAGAAAUUGAAAGGAGAAACCAGGAGUUACAAAACCGCUUUGACAGGAUUGUCGAACCCGAGACUUGGUAAGUGUUCGCUCUAUUUCUCACCUUUUAAUUAUUAGCCUGAAAAAUCUUAUCGUACUAAGAUCAUACCUUGCUGAUAAAAGCAAAGGAUAAAAGUUGUACUCUUCAGCUUAAGAGGCUGUCCGCGUAAGAACCGAUAAGGCAAAUUUUGGUCUAUCACGGAUUGCCCUGAUUUUUCCAGUGGAAGAUAACUAUCCUGUCCCAUGAAGAAAUAUCACAUUUAUUUGGACCAACUCAAUUUUUUCUCUAUAUUACAAGAAGAUUUUCUCGGUCACCUAAAACUGGCCAGUUUGCCAUCGGAAGUGGUGCGAUUUUGGUGAAACUUUAGGGCUCUGUUAAACCUGCCUCACAAAGCUGAAUAAGCUGAUUAUUUUACACACAAAAGCUUUAACUCUGAUUAAUAGUUUCAAGGUUCAAUGGUUGCAUUCUGUGGAAAGUUGGCUGAAAUAUGAGUUUUUUAAAAUGACCUUUAAUUUGCUUAUCGGGAAAAGUAAUUUGCAUAACUAGAGCUGAACGGUAAUUUCGCAAAAGUGGCACCUGACCCAGACUCAAGUCUAUGAUAAAACAGAAGUACUAAGACCAGUCUACUUCUUAAUGCAAUAAAAUUUGUGGGCACUCCUCUUUGCGUGCGGUACAAAGUUCCGUUAAUGUUCCAAAAUUCGCCAUUUUGACAGCAAAGCUGGAAUUGUAACGGUCUGCAUCUGGUCGACUAAUUUCCACAGCUUUAACGUUUCUAGUUAUCACUGACUUUCAUUAGACCCUUUAAAUGUUGUACUUUCGAAAACAUGAGAAGAAAACUUGGUAAUAGCUUUUUCUUGGUUUUUUUCCUUGUCGACGAUGAAAAUGACUUCAUUCUCCGUAUGCAAAUUAGCCUUAGAUGCGUCGUUUCAACAAAUUGACAGGAAAUAUAAUACUUGUAUUUCAUUUUUUUAAGGGAAAAAUAUCUCUUCUUUCCACGAAAAAACACGAACGAUGUAUGACUUAGAAUCCCCUUAGGUCUGUUUCUUUUACGAGGAAGAAGCAGCAGAAGAAGAUAUGUUUACGCGAAUUAAAAUAAUUUAAUUACUGUGGCUCGUCACGCAUUCCCUCAGAGUGACCGUGUAUCGAUCAGUUCUUUUAUCUUAUUAUAUCUUUUUUGAGGUGAUAGUUAUUGAUAAUCAUACAAUUUAAUCACUGUUAAUUCCGAUUCUUUACUGGGUGGGAAAUACCGUGCUGUUGAAUUUAUUCAUUCUACGACCGUUUUAACUGAGUCAGUACCACCCAGUCUGAUCACCGGGCGCCACUAGGAUAGGGUUUAAUAUGACGGCCCAUGGUGUAAUACACGACAAUUAGCCUAAAAAUAGUUACUUGGAAAACAAAAAAAGGCAUAGUUUUUUGUUAACGGUCUGUCUCCUGUUAAAUCCCAAAAGUUUUUGCCGGCUGUUAAUCACACUAAAUUAAGGAUCCCUAUGUUGUCUAUGUUUACUACUGAGCUGAUGGAGAAAAGCACGUGCUCUCAGUGAAUGAACGACGAAAGUUUGUAAAUUAGGUCUCCUUUUUCUUUCCCUGGAUUUGAAUGGUAUUUCAGAGUGACACAACUUAUUUUUUUUAGCAUUCCCCAGGGCUGUAGUUAGGUUUUUUGUAACGAGGGGCAUUAUCGCGAGAGCCGAAGGCACGAGCCUUGUAGGGGGACUGGGGGUGUCCUCCCCCAGAAAAAUUUUCAAAUUUGGAGGCUCCGAAAUGCUAUUUUCAGCACUUGUCAUGAAAUAUGUCUCCGAAAAAUAGGCCUCGACAGGAGCCCAUGACCUCGAAGAUGAAAAUGGCAAACAAUAGCAAAUCACUAUAAUCAAAAUAACUGAGUCUAAAGAAAACAAAUCCAUCCACAGACUUGAUUUGUCUGGCUCAACAGGUCCAGGGGAGGCAGCUGCCCUACGGCUCUCUGACCACUGUGAACUGACUAGGUUGAUCUUUCUUUGACAUACAGAUAGGCUGAAAGCUUCUGAUUGAUCAUGAGGGUGUUGUGGUCUCAAUUAUUCUUCAGUGAUGCCUGCAACAAGUUUUUGCCUUUCGAACACCUCGUCUUCUUGCAGCAGAUCUCUAUCGUCAAGUUCAAUGUAUAUUCAAGUUCAUUACAUUGGUUAUUUCGUCCAUUGCCUUAUUGUAAUUACACUUAGGACUAUGUUUAGGUGUUGACUCAAACGGGCCUAGAGUCCAACAUGGGCUGGCAAUAGGUGAGCACGGAAUUGGAACGGGGGCGGGGGGAACUCCCUACGAUGGCCUAUACGGGGAGGCUCCGGCUUCAGGUAUAUGAAAGGGUAGGCUUUCACUAGCUGAAGUAUAAAAAAGGGCGAGUGCGCUUAUUGCAGCCUUAGCAGCACCUUUGGCGGUACUUAAAGAAAAAAGAACUAAGUUUAAGAAUUUAAGGAAAAAGUAGCAGGACUUCAGUUUUCAGAAAUUAAUAUACAGAGGAGAAAUUUCACCCCUUUAAGUAUAAAUGCUUGUAAAAGUAGAGGUGGAAUCGGAGGGAGAGAGGGUGGAUGGUAAAGUAGGUUAAAAAUAGAGAGAUAGGAGGAGCACUUUGAUGGAGCACAUUGUUCCAGAGGGUAUAAAUACAAAAAAACAGCAAUCUGGAGGCAUUUUUGGAGACUUAAUGAAAAUGUUUUCAAAACAAGAAAAACAGAGAAACCUUGUCCAAUAAACCUCUCCGGCAAACGUGUAGACAUGGUUGCUGACUGUUCAAUCGUACUCUUCUCGACCCUUUGGCGUCAAGUUUUUUUACGUUUCUUGCCACAGGAGAAGGAAAUCAGCUAUAAAAAGUUGAACUGAACAUUCUGGUACUUUUAAGUCUCACUAAUUUUUACAAAACCAGAGACAUGUUUUAAACACUGUUUAAGUUAAAGAAAAUUGUUUUUAUUGCAAGAAUGAAAUACUUUUCACACGCGUCCCAAGGACAUUCCUCUUAGAAAAUGGCAGGGGCGGGAAAGCCCUAGGGACGAGGUUGAAUCCUGACUCCGUGUAGAAAGUUCUUUCUUUUUUCCCCAUUUAUAAUGCUCUUUAAACAAUCAUGAGAAAACUAUCUUUUACAACACACGGAUUAACCUUUAUGUAUAGUAUUUUAUAGGUAAGAAUUGAUUAGAGCAAGAUACACGGCUGUCAAAAAAUAGAAAUAAAUAAACUAUCUUUGCAAGCUCAACUAAACUGGAAACGAACAUCAGAAAACAUCGCAAGAUAAAAUGUUAAAUGGAGAAAUAAGAAUAUCUCUGUACGUUUAGAAAUGUUUUGCAUGAAGAAGAAAAAAGAAUGAUACUUACAUGAUGGAGCAAAACUUUGACUUAUUUCCUGCCACAGUAGUUAUUUUGUCAGUAUGAUCCAGAGUGUGACCGGGGUAUUGACAAGACCUUAGGCUCGAUUUCCGCCGUCUCCCAAUCCCUUGGGGGCUCAUUUUCCAGCACAGUAGACCUUGGCGCUCGCAAAAACCUGCCAAGUAGGUGUCUGUGCCUUGGGCAGAUUGUCAUUUUAGCGUUAGCGUGUGUACACACCACCCCAUGCACCCCCUCGGAGAAAGGGCCCCUUCUCCGAUUUUUCCCAAGGGAGGUGGGGGUUUGUACCAGGCUAUUUAGUGUCUGUGCCUUGGGCAUAUUGUCAUUUCAGUUCCGAAUACCUACCAAACCUCUACUCUCGCUAAAAUGAGUUCAUUCAGUCAUUGACUUUGCUACACUUAGACAAGUGACAGCUGGCUAAGUGCGACGUAAUAUCAUUCAUGCACUCUGCGACCAACACAUUUCCCUCCACACCCCUACUGGGACCACACUCUGUCUUGACGAUCUCGCGAAAAGAACAGCUUUUUUCACAAUUGAUCUCUUCGGCGAUUUCAUUGGCAUAAUUAUAUUUGAAACUGACACCUGUUGCAUUAUGAUUCAAUUAGAUUGAAACCAGAACAAGAUCAUCUUGGGAAUACGGAUGUUAUACCCUAACAAAAACUAAAAACUGAGAUAAUCCCUUUUGCGUGUAUUCACUGAAAAAAGAAACUAUUUUUCCCGUUUCAUUCUGCUACCGAUAAAUGCUUUAAAGAUCUUUGAAUGAAACUGAAAUUUACAGCUAAUUUGCCUUUUGCAAAGCUAUACAUGGAUUUAGAUAGAAAAAGUGUGGGGCAUUUUUUUUCAUCAUAGUGCCGUGUACAAACGUCUGUUUACGCAAAAAAGAGUGCCCACAAAUUUUAUUGUGGCGACAAGAGGACUUACCUUGCAAGUUAACUCUUAUUUUUAAUUAUUAUCAAUAACUACCAUUUAAAAAAAGAUGAUAAUAUAAUAAAAUUGAUCGAUUCAACGCUAUUGUUUUCUAAUCGACCGCCCCUUUUUAGGAAUUGCGUGACAGGCCACAGUAAUUGAAUUAUUUUAAGCCACGCAAACAUAUGUCAUGAUAUAUUAUUCAGCUGUUUCUUCCUCGUUAAACAAAAAAAACCAGACCUUAAGGGGAUUCUAAGUGAUGGUUUGUGUUUUUCUAUGGAAAGGAGAGUUAUUUUUCUCCUUAGAAAUGUGAAAUGUAAGGAUUAUGUUUCAUGUCAAGUUGUUGAAAAGACGCAUCUACGGCUAAUUUGCAUACGGAGAAUGAAGUCACGUUCAUCGUCGACAAGAAAAAAAACCAAGAAAAAGCGAUUACUAAGUUUUCUCCACAUGUUUUCGAAAGUCCAACAUUUAAAGGGUCUAAUGACAGUCAGUGAUAACUAGAAACGUUAAAGCUGUGGAAAUUAGUCGACCAGAUGCAGACCGUUACAAUUCCAGUUUUGCUGUCAAAAUGGCGAAUUUUGGAACAUUAACGGAACUUUGUACCGCACGCAAAGAGGAGUGCCCACAAAUUUUAUUGCAUUUAGAAGUAGACUGGUCUUAGUACUUCUGUUUUAUCAUAGACUUGAGUCUCAGUCAGGUGCCACUUUUGCGAAAUUACCGUUGAGCUCCAGUUAUGCAAAUUACUUUUCCCGAUAAGCAAAUUAAAGGUCAUUUUAAAAAAAUCAUAUCUCAGCCAACUUUCCACAGAAUGCAACCAUUAAACCUUGAAACUAUUAAUCAGAGUUAAAACAUUUGUGUGUAAAAAAAUCAGCUUAUUCGGCUUUGUAAGGUAGGUUUGCAAGAGCCCUAAAGUUUCCUUAAAAUCGCACCACUUCCGACGACAAACUGGCUAGUUUUAGGUGACCUAGAAAAUCUCUCUGUAAAAUAGAGAAAAAAUUGAGUUGGUCCAAAUAAAUGUGAUAUUUCUUCAUGGGAUAGGAUAGUUAUCUUCCACUGAAAAAAUCAGGGCAAUGCGUGAUAGACCAAAAUUUGCCUUAUCGGUUCUUACGCGGACAGCCUCUUAAAUACUACGUUCCUUCUUUUUAAUUUCAAAGGUGCUCAUGUGGCAAUUGUGCUCUUGAUCGGCUACAAAAUCCCGGGGAAUGCCUCUGCUGCAAGGACAUCGAAAAGUGCGUCGAAUCACUUGGUAGUACCGCCGUUCUGAAUGAGGUGGAAAUCAGUCCCGAAUGUAUUACAAUGCAUCCAGGUUUCAGUGUCGUUUGCCUUAACAGAUGGUCUCUACGAUCAGCCGCAAGUAAAUACAAAAGGAUAGACGGUACAAAGUAUCGUCAGACUGAUACAGAAGAAAAGUGA